AUGGAAAACGUGGAUUGGGAAGAUCUCAACAGGAAGAACUGGGAUGAGCGCGCUCCGCUUCAUGCCGCCUCACCCGACUACAACCUCGCCGCCUUCAUCGCCGACCCCUCAUACAUCUCCCCCGUCGUCGCUUUUGACGCGCCGCUUCUCGGCUCCCUCGCCGGCCUGCGCUGCGCCCACCUCCAGUGCCACAUCGGCACCGACACGCUCAGCCUCGCCCGUCUCGGCGCCUCCUCCGUCGUCGGCCUCGACUUCUCGUCGGCCUCCCUCGCCGAAGCCCGCCGCCUGUCCACCUCCGCCUCCGGCGGUGACCGCCUCACCUUUGUUGAGGCCUCCGUCUACGACGCCCUCAAGGUCCUACCGCCGGCCUCGUUCGACCUCGUCUUCACCGGCGUCGGCGCGCUCUGCUGGAUCCCGGACAUCCGGGGGUGGGCGGCCGUCGUGGCGGGCCUGCUGGCGCCUGGAGGCGGGCGCCUGUUCCUCCGCGAGGGGCACCCGAUGCUGUGGGCGCUCGAUGACGCCGCAGACCGCGAGGAGCUGGUGGUGAAGAACCCGUACUUUGAGCGCAAAGGGCGGCCACUGCUGUUCGACGAGGGCGUGACGUACGUCGAGCACGAACCGCACGAGUUCCAGCACACGGUGACGGCGGAGUUCAGCCACGGGCUCGGGGAGAUUGUGCAGGCGCUGCUGGACGCCGGCCUGCGGGUGACCGGCCUGGCGGAGCACCAGAGCGUGCCGUGGGACGCCCUCCCGGGUCAGAUGGAGGACAUUGGCGGAGGCGAAUACGCACUCAAGACUGAGCGCUGGCGGCUACCACUGUCAUAUACCCUUCAAGCCAUCAAGGACUGA